ACAGAUUUUCAAAUUGUAAGCUAGUCAAAGGAACAGCGAAAUGGGCGAUUUGACCGAAGAACUUAAGUUUCAUACUAUAAACGUGGCACCAGAAGGAAAAUGGGGAUAUUUGGUUGCGAUCGGAUUGGCGAUUCCUGGCGCAUGUUUUUUGGGUACUUUUGCAUCGUUUGGGUUGUUGUUUAAUGAUUUUCUUAAAAGCAUCGGAGCUGGCACAAGUGCGGUCACCACGAUUUUCGGAUUCAUUGCAAUUUCUAUGAGCGCUUCAGGCUUGAUCGCCAGUUCGUUGAUAAGAAAGUUCUCACUACGAUCAGUUGGUCUGUUGGGCGCAAUAAUGUAUACUCUAGGCAAUUUUCUGUCGGCUUUUGCACUUUCCGUUGAACACUUGAUCAUUUCGUUUGGUGUUUUCCAAGGUUUUGGCAUUGGAUUAAUUCUUAAUGUCGGUUAUACCAAUUUCAAUUACUAUUUCGUUAAAAGACGUGUCUUCAUGAUGAGUGUAACGCAAGUGUUGAAGGGUUUGCUAGUGGCAGCAUAUCCCAUUGUCAUACGAUUUCUGGUGGAAAAAUAUGGUUUUCGAGGUGCAACAGCAAUAAUUGCAGCAAUUCAUGCCCAUACAAUUGUCGGAAUGAUGGCUAUGCACCCUAUUGAAUGGCAUUGCAAAGUGAUCCGAAUACCUGUAGAAGAAUCAAAGCCAUUGAUGAACACAAACGAAAAAGAAUCUGAAGUAAUAAUCACUGUGGUACCAGAUGAUGAAACCAAAGGGAAACUAGCAAGCACAUAUCGCUCGAGUGAACAAGAUUUGCAUGAAAAAACUAAAAAUAGUGACAGUGGUACACAGUUGAUUAGAAGCGAACGGAGUAAAUCGAUCGAUGUAACCCAAACGCUUGAUGGAUUUGAUCCAAUAACCAAACGAAUUUCGAGCAUCAUGAGUUUUGGUGAUUUAGGUGGUGCUGUGAUCAUGGCAGAAACAUCAAAUAAUAAAAAUGGAAAAUGGUAUACGCUCUGAUCUGAAAACAGAAACACAGUGUAAUGCAAUGAAAUGUGGUUCUUCUAGGCAAAAAGUGAUCGAUUUCCUUGAUUUAACAUUGCUUAAGGAUUUCAUUUAUCUCAAUAUGGUUAUCGGUAUCGCAUUAUCACUAUAUUCGGACGGGACAUUUUACACAUUGCUUCCGAUAUACUUAUUUGAAUUGGAAUUCUCUAAGAGUGAUGCAGCUUCAGUGGUGUCAACUGGAUUUGUGGCUGAUCUUAGUUCUCGUGUAUUUCUGGCCGUUGUCAGUUACCACACCCAACUAAAGGCACGCCAUGUCUAUUUGGCUGGAGCAGUGGCCACAGUUUUUAUCAGAAUUGUUUUUAUGAACGUGUUCAAUUUUUACGCGAUAGCCGCGGCGAUAGCAAUGACGAGUUUUUUUCGCACAUUCAUGUACUGCAUGAUUGCUUUGAUCUUCGCAGAGUAUUUGCCAUCGG